AUGACGGCUGAGGCAGCGAAGAGUUCGGCGGAGAGUGGAGGCUCGGGGCUGGAUUUUGAGGAAACGGAGUUGAAGCUGGCGCCGCCGGGGUGGAGCUCGAGGGGCGGCGGAACGUCAGCGGAGGGCGAGAGGAAACGUGGCUUCUCGGAGGCUGUAGAGCCAGAUUUCGGUGGUUCUUCCAGCGACACCUGGACUGCGCACGGCAUCGAGCUGUCGGCGAGGUCGGAGGAGUCUAAGCCCUCCAGCGCCGCGAAGCCUGCAGCCAAGUGAGUACCGAGGCCGACUAUUGCCUCUCUGCUUUGACAUCCCUUGCCGUAGAUCCAAUCUGUCUUCUGAACUUUUGGUGUAGUCGUCACCAUUGCCGUCUGCCAUCGAUCCGAUCUCUCUGCUACAUGAGUCUAACAUAUUCGGUGUAGUCUAACAUUUAUGUGAUAAUUUAGGGCGCAAGUGGUCGGAUGGCCACCGGUGAGGUCGUUCCAGAAGAAGGCGCUGAAGAGCUGCUCGUACGUGAAGGUGGCUGUCGACGGCGCUCCUUACUUGAGGAAGGUCGAUCUGGAGAUCUACAGUGGCUACCAGGACCUGCUGGCCGCACUAGAGGAGAUGUUCUCCUGCUUCACCACCCGUGAGUGCCUCUCACCUUGCUGGCGUGUCCAGCCGAAACCAUAUCUGGUUUGCCGAUCUCUCUCACAGCCUGAAUUUGUCUUUUAUCGUCUCUCGCAGGUAACUACCCGACGGAGAGGAGACUGGUGGACACUGUGAACGGCAUGGAGUACGUCCCGACCUACGAAGACAAGGACGGCGACUGGAUGCUCGUCGGCGAUGUUCCCUGGAAGUAAGGCCUCCUCUUCAGAUUCUCCCUCUAAAGUAUAGCCUGUCAUCCGUGCGCCUAACUAUGCUGCGACAGAAGGUCUUGCUGGGGUCGACCAUCCUUGAAUUAUUGCCAUCACCUCACGGGGAGCUAAUCAUCAGGGUCCAUCUUCCGAUCCUCUGGCUCUGCUUCCAGCCUACCGUGGUAGAAACGCGGGGAAAGGGGGCAAAUCGACGGAGAGGCGAUGUUGCGUUGUCGCAUCUCGGCUGACGAGGGAUUAAACCCUAGGGCCCCAGUCAGAUUGAACACGGUCUAGAACAGGGCACCGGUUUACUGCCUGCUGAUCUCAUCUUAUUUUGCCCCCAGGAUGUUCGUUGAGACCUGCCGGCGUCUCCGCUUGAAGAAGAGCUCCGAGGCCGUGAAUCUAGGUAAGGAGCUGUUCGAUCCACCCAACCCCCCCCCCCGGGCCCUGCAGAAGCCAUCUGUCGGAGCUCAUCCUCAUGUUCUCAUCUCACUUACUGGGUUCGUUCAUGCAGCAGUGCCGAGGACGACGAACCAGAGACCCGCCGGCGGAAGGUGA